AUGUAAUUCAUAUUUUUCUAUAAUGGGUUUCUUUCUCUUUCAUUUUCUUUUCAAGAAUAGUGUUUUCUUGAUAUUUUGUUUGAGGCCAAGUUCUGGUUUUUUAUUCACCCAUUCUUGAAUUCAGUCAUUUGGGUUUUUUUUUUCUCUUUACAUUUUAUUUUCAGCCAUUCUUGCAUUCAAUAAUUUGGGUUUUUUCCUUGAUCUUUCGAGUCCUAAAUUCUUCAAUUCUAUCACUGUUUGGAUCUCAAAUUUCAACCAGGAAAGUACUUACGGUCUAUUUCUGUUUGUUCUGACUUCAUUCCUGAACUAUCUCUAAAAUGCUCUGGUUGGAGCUGGAGAAGCAACACUUCAUUCCAGACAUACUCUGAUCUCGGUUUGCUAAACACAAUUACCUCUGUGGGAUUAGCUAAUGGCCAGCAAUGGCACAAAACAGUCAUUGAUCUCAGGAUUGGUAGAUCCUCCCCAUCAACCCAAACAAAAGAUCAAUCUCAAGAAAAGAAGACUCCGACGGUGUAGAAGUGCUCCUACUGUAGAUGUUUCGUUAGAGAAGAAAUGUGGGUUGUCUCCGAUUUCUCAGUCCAUCUUGGGAAAAUUCAAUCUUUCUUUUACACAAGUAGGUCUACUCUUGGCGAUCUACCUAGGAAUCGUCACAUUAUGCUUCUUUGCUGUUAAGAAUCAGAUCAAGGGUAAGACAAAUAGCAUUGUUGAUUCAUUGUAUUUCUGUAUUGUGACAAUGACUACUGUUGGCUAUGGAGACCUUGUGCCUGUUAGCGUCCCGGCAAAGCUCCUUGCAUGCCUUUUCGUCUUUAUUGGCAUGGCGCUUGUCGGGCUCAUUCUCAGCAAAGCAGCUGAUUAUCUUGUAGAAAAGCAGGAGAUCUUAUUGGUUAAAGCCUUAAACAUAUGGCAUGAAGCUAGGAUGAUGGAGAUCAUGAAGGAAAUUGAAACGAACAAAGUAAAAUACAAGCUUCUGGUGACCACAGUGGUUCUGAUGGUGUUGAUAGUUGUUGGAACAAUUUUUUUAUCGAAAAUUGAGGACCUCAGCCUUGUUGAUUCCUUUUACUGUGUCUGCUCCACCAUAACGACUUUAGGAUAUGGGGAUAAAAGCUUCUCGACUGAAGGUGGACGGAUCUUUGCCGUCUUUUGGAUAUUGACCAGUACCAUCUGUUUGGCGCAGUUCUUUCUCUACAUUGCUGAGCUCAACGCGGAGCACAGGCAACAAGCGUUGGUUAAAUGGGUGCUUACGCGAAAGAUGACAUCUGGCGAUCUUGAAGCUGCAAAUCUUGAUGAAGACAAGGAUGUGAGUGCUGCUGAGUUUGUCAUAUACAAGCUGAAAGAGAUGGGGAAGAUUGGACAAGAUGAUAUUGCGCUUUUGAUGAAAGAAUUUGAAAAGCUUGAUGUUGAUCAAUCAGGGAAUUUGUCUGCAUCCGACCUUCUCGCACAAUCCUCCUCAAAAGGGAGCUGACAUCAAAUACAACAUUCAUAGAGAGAUUGGGAGCUGGAAGCUAUGUUUUCUGUUGUCUUCUAAUUUCUACCAAACAUAUGCUUGCUCAAGAGUGAAUGUGUUGAAUUUUAACUAUCCCCAUUGACUUCUUUUUCUCUCUUGCUCUGACAAGCUAUUUUGAGAAAACGUGUGCAUUUUGCAUGUAUUUUAUGUAUGUAUGUAUGUAUGUAUGUGUGUGUGAUAUUUGAAUCGA